GAACGCCCCGCCCCGAUGAGCGUGGCGGAAGUAGCUUGCUCGGGCUGGGAGCCGCGCGCCACUCGGCCGAGCGCGCAUGCGCCGAUACCGCGAAUGCUGGGGGUGUCGGUAGCGCUAACUCCUCAGUCUCCGCAACCCCCGCCCACGCCAUCUUGCACCCCCCUAUGCCCCCCGCCACACUGCCGAGUCACCUUUUGCCUUUCUACACUCCACACUCUCUGCCCCCCACCCCGCCCCUUUCCAAGCGUGUCCCGGGCCGCAGCACAGAAACCGCACCAUCUCCACCCCCACAUUCUCCACGCAGGAAGCGCAGCCGUGCCUACAAGGGUUCUUAAAGCAGAGAUGAAUAAUACUGCAGCUAGUCCAAUGGCUUCUGCAACUUCAAGUAGUGGAAGGAGUACGGGGAAGCCUAUAAGCUUUGCAGCAGAGUUACAGAGUAUGAUGUAUUCUUUAGGUGAUGCUAGAAGGCCUCUUCAUGAAACAGCAGUUUUGGUUGAAGAUGUGGUACACACUCAGUUAAUUAAUCUGUUACAGCAAGCUGCUGAAGUUUCUCAGCUGCGUGGAGCAAGAGUUAUCACUCCUGAAGAUCUUCUGUUUUUGAUGCGCAAAGAUAAGAAAAAACUUAGAAGAUUGCUAAAAUACAUGUUUAUCCGAGACUACAAAUCAAAGAUUGUCAAAGGCAUCGAUGAGGAUGAACUUCUUGAAGACAAAUUGAGUGGCAGCAAUAAUGCGAACAAAAGACAAAAAAUUGCUCAAGACUUCCUCAACUCUAUUGACCAGACAGGAGAACUUUUAGCAAUGUUUGAAGAUGACGAAAUUGAUGAAGUUAAACAAGAAAGAAUGGAGAGAGCAGAGAGACAAACUCGAAUUAUGGAUUCAGCUCAAUAUGCAGAAUUCUGUGAAAGUCGACAAUUAAGUUUCUCCAAAAAAGCUUCCAAAUUCCGAGACUGGUUGGACUGCAGCAGUAUGGAGAUAAAACCCAACGUUGUCGCUAUGGAAAUUUUAGCAUAUUUAGCGUAUGAAACUGUGGCACAGUUAGUGGAUCUGGCUCUUCUUGUGAGGCAAGACAUGGUAACUAAGGCAGGGGACCCCUUCAGCCAUGCCAUUUCUGCAACCUUCAUUCAGUAUCACAACUCUGCUGAGAGCACUGCAGCCUGUGGUGUUGAGGCUCACAGCAAUGCCAUCCAGCCCUGCCACAUCAGAGAGGCCAUUCGACGCUACAGCCACAAGAUUGGCCCACUUUCCCCAUUCACAAAUGCCUACCGCAGGAAUGGGAUGGCCUUUCUAGCCUGCUGAUGUGACAACUGUGAUGUGCCUGAAGCAACAGGAAAGGCGAUGUUAUAUUAAGGUGAUUUCUUGAAAACAAAAUAAAAUACAAAUUUACCUUUCUCCCAACCAAGGGAGUGGGCUGGUUUGUUGUGACUAUCA